GGUCAAAGUUGACAUUGGCCAUGUGUGUGUGUUGCUGCAUCUACUACAGGACUGUUAGAUAUAGCUACAGUUUGUACUUUAUUUAUAAAUAUUCGUGAAGAUAGUCAUUCAGAUUUUGUGUUUAAAGGCUGGCCUACGCUUUUGGGAGAUUGUUGAUUUCGUCAACGGAUUCGUUUUAAGUAACUGCUCCGCGUUAGCUUCCAUAACGUUAACGUUAUUUCAGCUGGUUUUGCAUCUUUUAGCUACAGGAUUUUCUCAUGAUGGCUUAGCGUGACAUGUCUAAAAUCCGACCACUGUUGAGUGCCUUAUUUAACCACAGACUGACGUCAGGGAGAAACCGUGGCCUUUCUAAGUUCUGUUGCAUGAUGAGUGAAGGAUCCAGAGAUGAGCAGACAGUCAAGCUGCUGAAAAGAGCCAAUGAGGAAAAUGAAGACUCUGCUGAGGGGGUGCAGGUUACAAAAAGAAUAAAAACAGAGGGGGAAGCCACUGAAGAUGAAAAGAAGUAUCCCAAAAAGAAAGUGGUCCUCCUUUUGGCAUACUCUGGAAAAGGAUACUAUGGCAUGCAGAGAAAUCCCGGAACCGCUCAGUUUAGGACCAUUGAAGAUGACCUGGUCACUGCGCUCAUUAAAUCUGGCUGCAUUCCCGAAAACCAUGGUGAAGACAUGAAGAAGAUGUCUUUCCAAAGAUGUGCCAGAACAGAUAAGGGUGUGUCUGCAGCUGGUCAAGUGGUGUCUCUAAAGCUGCGGUUGAUUGAAGACAUAAUUGAAAAAAUCAAUGAGCAUCUGCCACCGCAGAUCAGAGUGCUCGGUCUGAAACGGGUAACCCAGGGUUUCAAUUCCAAAAACAACUGUGAUGCUCGUACAUACUCCUAUAUGCUUCCGACAGUGGCCUUAUCUCCAAAAGACUAUGAUACCGGGAAUAUAGCAGCCUUUCGCCUUUCGCCAGAGACACUUCAGAAGGUAAACCAUCUGUUUGCGCUCUACAAAGGCACACAUAACUUCCACAACUUCACCUCUCAGAAGGCUCCAAAUGACCCCAGUGCCCGCCGCUACAUCACAGAGAUGUCUUGUGGAGAGCCUUUUAUCUGCAGCAAUACCGAAUUUGCAGUGAUCACCGUGCGAGGCCAGAGCUUUAUGUUGCACCAAAUCCGCAAGAUGAUCGGCCUGGUGAUUGCGGUGGUAAAGGGCUACGCGAAGGAGGAAGUGAUGGAGCGGAGCUGGGGACAGGAGAAGGUGGACGUGCCCAAAGCUCCAGGACUGGGGCUGGUGCUGGAAAGGGUUCACUUUGAUCGCUACAACAAACGAUUCGGAGGGGACGGGCUACAUGAGCGGCUAGAAUGGGACCAGGAGGAGGAGGCGAUCAAGGCUUUUAAAGAGGCUCACAUCUACCCCACCAUUGUCGAGACAGAGUGUCAGGAGGGCUCCAUGGUCAGCUGGAUGUCUACGCUUCCUAUCCAUGACUUCGAAGCCACAGCAGCUGACACCCGAGACGAUAAGGACCAGAAACAGGACAAUGCAGAUGUAAGAAAUGACUCCGAUUAGGUCACCCUGCCUGCUGAAAUAAGAGACAUUUUCUUACCAGAACAUCUUGUCUCUUUAAUAGGGAAUUAGUUUUAUUUUUUAUUUUUUUAGAAUAACUUCCAAGAUUUUCUUGUUUUUGUGGGAUUUGAUUCUGCUUCUCUUAUACAAAUGUUAUUAAACAAACAACAACAA